AUUGUUAAGUGAAAUCUACAAAGAUACUUUUUUGUAUCUGAUGAGGAACCACAGCAACCAUGGAAUCGUUGAAAGAGAAAGGCGGCCCUCAACUAGACUGCUUUAGCUCUUUGCGACAAUUUUGAAGCAUUCCACCUGAAAGGUCCAAUGAUGGAAGAGAAACUGGGAGAGAAGAAGAAAAACCAAACACAAAGCAGUCCUGAUUUAGCAUUCUGGACUACACCACCAGCAGCAUUGAGAUGCCAAAAUGACAUUUUCAAUUACGACAAAAGGAUAGCAGAGCUAAAGACUGACGUGGCAAUGUUUACGAAAAAGAUUAAGGAGCUUGAGAAAGUCAUCAGGCCACUGGAAACAGAAGUGAAUUGUAAUCAACGUUUCUGUGACAGAGAAAUUUACAACAUACAGCAGUUCAUGACAAGAAUUGAAAGAAAACCUCUGGAUGCAAAGAUCCUAUUUGAAAAAGCUAUCAAGUUAAAGCAGGAGAGCAGUGCUACAUUGGAGAAGAUGUUGAGGGAAAGAAUGACAUUGAAAAGUGAAUUUGAAAAGGUCGAGUAUAUCCUGAAUAGACACAAGUGUUAUGGAGACAUAUUGUUCAAGCUUUCACCUCCAGAGUGGCAGGAAGCCAAAGAAGCUGAAAUUCUGAAAGCUAAAAAUGCCCAGAAGGAAAGCAACCCUGAGCCUGAAGAAACUGCAAACAGCAAAUGUGUGGAAGCAGCUCAGAAGUCCAGUCCAGGUGGAACGCUGCCUUUGGAGUCCAAGCUGUCCAUGUUAAGGUUCACAGAGUCAGUUGUGCUUAGCGGCAGCGAAGGAAAUGAGAAGAUUAUGGAGAUCUAUUUCUCUGAUCCCUCUGAGGUUGUGGUUCUACCAUCAGAGUUGACAGACCAGAUCCUGUCUCUGAUUGAGAACGCCACUGAGAUGGAUGAAAUGCUGGAGCGGACUUUGGAGAUCACCACAAAUAAAAUGAAAGAGGAUGAGAAGAAACUAACAAUGCAAGAAAACAACAUGAAGAGCAGAACUGAAAUGGAAAAGAAAAGAGCUGUUGUGCUCAAAAAGCAGGUUCAGCUCCAUAAAUCAUUAAAAUCACAAGACCAGGAUAUCAUGUUAGAAGCUCUGGGUAGGAAGGUUACAGAAGUUCACUCCUGCUUCUCGGAGAGCCGGCUUAUCAACCUAGCAACUUUGGAAAAGCUCUGUAGUGUUGAGUACCGUAUGACUCUGUUGCUCCAGCAAAUCGAGUACAUCCCUGCAGACAUGUUUCAGACACUGUGGCAAAUCAGGGAUGGUGAGAAGAAGUCCAGACUACAAGAGGAAAGACUCCGGCAGGAAAGGCAGAAGCAGAAAGAAAAGUUGGACAAGUGCCUGAAACGGGCUCUAGGAGAGAGCAAGAAAAUUACUGGAAGAAAGCUCAUGCCAAGAUGUAUUCCUGUUCAAAAGAAGGUUCAAGUGAACGUUGAGUCCUCUGCACCUGUGGAGGAAGAUCCUCAUGCGGAGGUCUUUAUAGAGGGCUGCGACUCAACAUUAAAUACUUACAUAUGAUGUUUUUUUGUUUUUUUUCUCGUGCUGAAUGCAGGUACUACAAACACUCCCAGAAUAAAAAGGAAGUAAUCUGUUCACA